UGAGGCUCCACCAUGUCCAAUAUAAACCUCUUGCCUAUCUACUCCUAAUAUACUCUUGUCAUACUAUCCACCAUAUUCUAUUGUAUUUUCCACCAGUAUCUAGCAGGAUUUGAACCGAUACUAACAAAUGACCGACAGGAUCCACCCUUCCUCAAAGCCAAACAACACCACCGUCACCAACACCACCAUCAAAAGCCCUAAAUUACCACUCCCGCCAGCGAAAGCGCAACUUUACAACCAAAACGCCCCUAAAUUACCACUUCCACCUGCGAAAGCACACCUCUACGACCAAAAAGGCCGUCCAUACAAACAAAACAAAACCAAUUCUAACAAAGAAUGUCACAACAUCUUUCGCCGAUGCUUCUGCUUAUGCUGCUUCUGGUCAAUCCUUAUAACGAUCCUCAUCCUCCUACUCGCCAUAAUAUCCGGCACCAUCCUCUACCUCCUAUACCGCCCUCACCGUCCCACCUUCUCCGUUACAUCUCUUAGAAUCUCUCGUUUCAACCUAUCCACCGCAUCCGAUGGCACCACACACCUCACCUCCAACCUUAACCUCACACUCUCCACCAAAAACCCUAACAACAAAAUCAUUUUUCACUACGAUCCUAUCGCGAUCACAUGCCUAACAGACGAAACAGAACUCGCAAGCGGUUAUUUCAAUAAUUCGUUCACUAGUGUUGCGAAUAAUAUCACGAUCAUUCGAUUUUCGUUGAGGAGCGAUGCUGUGCUUCUGGAAACAGAGGCUGUGAAUCGAAUAAGAAUGGAUAUGAAGAAGAAGUUGGGUUUGCGGUUGAAGUUGUUGCUUGAUACUCACGCUAUUGUUAAGGUUGAAUCGUUCAGGAGUAAGAAAGUUGGAAUUAGGAUCAAAUGUGAAGGGAUUCGUAGCGUGAUUCCGAAAUCUCGUGGUGCUGGAUUGAAUAGUUCGUCGUCGUUGUCGUCGUCGUCCGUGUUUGCUAGGGUUGCUGAUGCGAAAUGUGAGGUUGAUCUUCGGAUUAAGAUCUGGAAAUGGACGUUUUGAAGGUUUCUGUUUCUAUACAGCUUUAUAAUAUUUUUUUAUUUUUA